AUGGCUGGCGUUAUGAGAAAGACUAUUGACUGGUUUAAAAUUGCUUGGGCAAGGGAGCCUGUGCUAUUUAUGUCGUGUGUUUUUGGAAUAUCAGGUAGCUUAACUGUCUGUUAUUUUGUAUAGAAAAUGUUUGUUAGUCUAUAGGUGUGUUUAAACAGGCUUAAAUCUCGUUCAGCUUACUGAACAAUCCCGCAGGUCUUUCAUGAUCAGAUACUUGGCUUCAGCCAAUACUGAUUAUAUCAGUACAAAAUGGAGCUAUUCCGAAGUAAAAAAUAAAGUACAGUUUAUGUAAUCUCUAUCAAAAGAUUAUUCAAUGUCGUUCAGACUUAUCUUGACAAAAAGGUAGGGACAACAUUGCUUUCCUUUUAAGUUCCUGGUUGUUUACGUUGAUAACAACGCUACGUUUAUUUCAUUUGCAAUACUUGGACAUCAGUCAUUUUUUUGCCUGUUCUAUUAUAUAUGCAAAUGUUAAAGGGAGGAGAAGAGCGAAUUUUCCAUGGAAAAUUAAGCAGAGGACUCUUCUUUUGUCCAAUUAAAAGUUUUUUCUUAAUUUGAAACUGCAAAUUUCACUCUCUAGCAGAUAAACUUAGAAAAGUUUUGCUCUCAAUCACAAGAUCCUAGUGAACUCCGAAAAUAUAGCCUACUUUUGUUGUGUUAUUUUCUCAUAAUGUAAUAAUUAAGAACUCUGAUCUAGCACUCGAACUUACUUACUUUCUAUUUCUUCUAGGUCCAAUCUUUGCACUGGUCAGUCCAUGGACAAAAGAUACAGUUGCCACAAUGAAAUCAAUACCCCAUGUUUACCCAUGUAAGUUAGUGUAUUUGUCAAUUAUUUGAUAUCAGUAUCACACCACUUCACACUUCCAGUUUGUUUGCAUGCUGCUGGGGAAAAGCACGGCUCAUUAUUUAGGUUAUGUUGUUUACUUUUUUUUUUAAAAAAUAUGGCAUUGAAUAUUUAUCCUCAUAUUUUAUAGCAUUGAAAUAUGAGAACAUGAUAAUUUUUGUACUUUGUUUUUUUUUUUUUUCCAAAGAUCCUCAGUUAGAAGAUCAAGAUUUGAGUGAUGUUGACAGCCAUGGAGAUAAUAUUUUCAAAGUUAAAUAUCUUUUUUGA